CCAGCACCUUCAGCACCACGAGAGCGGGCUUGAGGGCGAGAGCUGCUAUUACCACUGUGUCCUCUGCAACUACUCCACCAAGGCCAAGCUGAACCUCCUGCAGCACGUGCGCUCCAUGAAGCACCAGCGCAGCGAGAGCCUGCGCAAGUUGCAGCGCCUGCAGAAGGGCCUGCCCGAGGAAGAGGAGGACCUGGGUCAGAUCUUCACCAUCCGCAAGUGCCCAGCUGCUGACGCCGAAGAGUCCGUUGAAGACGUGGAAGGGCUGAAUGAGACGGCAACCGAACCAGAAGAGCCUGCCAAAGAGCAAGAGUGCGGAGGAGACAAGGACCAGAACAAAUGGACAGCACCCGCCAGCCAGGCAGACAAGGAGCUCACAGACUCUCCCGCGGCCUCCAAACGCACGUCAUUUCCCAGCAGCUCCGAGCCACCCCUCUCUAAAUGGUCCAAGGCUUCGGAGGAGGCCAAAGGCGAGCAGCUGUAUCAGUGUCCCUACUGCAAGUACAGUAACACCGAUGUGAACCGGCUGCGGGUCCAUGCCAUGACCCAGCACUCCGUGCAGCCCAUGCUGCGCUGCCCGCUCUGCCAGGACAUGCUCAACAACAAGAUCCACCUGCAGCUGCACCUCACGCACCUGCACAGCGUGUCGCCCGACUGUGUGGAAAAACUCAUCAUGACGGUGACCACGCCGGAAGUGAUGAUGCCCAGCAGUAUGUUCCUCCCGGCAGCCACUCCAGAUCGAGAUGGAAACAGCAACGCUGAGGAGCCAGGGAAGCAGGCUGAGACCUCUGAGGAGUCUGGAAAGAGCCUCCUGUCUUCAGAGAGCGUCGAACACUGUGGGGAGGUGAAGCCCGUUGCUGCCGACCACAGCUCUGCCAGAGAGGACUCUGGCUUCCUUUGCUGGAAGAAGGGGUGCAGCCAGCUGUUCAAAAGCUCAGCGGCCCUUCAGACGCACUUCAAUGAGGUUCACGCGAAGCGGCCCCAGCUCCCGGUGUCCGACCGCCACGUCUACAAGUACCGUUGCAACCAGUGCAGCCUGGCCUUCAAAACCAUCGAGAAGCUGCAGCUUCACUCGCAGUACCAUGUCAUCAGAGCAGCCACCAUGUGCUGCCUCUGCCAGCGCAGUUUCCGAACCUUCCAAGCGCUGAAGAAGCACCUGGAGACGAGCCAUCUGGAGCUGAGUGAAGCCGACAUUCAGCAGCUGUACAGCGGUCUUUUGGUGAACGGCGACCUCCUGGCUAUGGGCGACCCUGCGCUGGCUGACGACCACACGAUCAUUGUGGAAGAUGAGAAAGAGGAAGAGAGCGACCUGGAAGACAAACAGAGCCCUACUGGAAGCGAUUCGGGGUCCGUACAAGAAGACUCGGGCUUGGAACCUAAGAGGGCCCUUCCUUUCAGGAAAGGUCCUAACUUCACCAUGGAGAAGUUUCUAGACCCCUCUCGCCCCUACAAGUGCACAGUCUGCAAAGAGUCUUUCACGCAGAAGAACAUUCUUUUGGUCCAUUACAAUUCGGUCUCUCAUCUGCAUAAAUUGAAGAGAGCCCUCCAGGAGUCUGCUACGGGGCAGCCGGAGCCGACCAGCAGCCCAGACAACAAGCCCUUUAAGUGCAACACCUGCAGUGUGGCGUACAGCCAGAGCUCCACGCUGGAGAUCCACAUGCGCUCGGUGCUGCACCAGACGAAGGCGCGCGCCGCAAAGCUGGAAGCCGCCAGCGGCAGCAGCAGUGGAGGCGGCAAUAGCAGCAGCAGCCUGUCCCUGGGCUCAUCCACCCCGAGCCCAGUGAGCACGAGCAGCUCUGGCACUGUCACCACCACCAAGCCCAGCAGCGCCAGCACAGCACCAGCCCCUGGCCCCCUCAGCCAAGGGCCCAGCGAGAGCCUGGGCGGGCCACCUGCGAGUAACCCCCUGAGCACCAGCGUGGCCGAGCCGAAGGACGCCAACCGGAAGAAGCUGGCCGACAUGAUCGCCUCCAGGCAGCAGCAGCAGCAGCAGCAGCAGGCUCAGACCUUAGCCCAGGCACAGGCCCAGGUGCAGGCCCACCUCCAGCAAGAGCUGCAGCAGCAAGCCGCCCUCCUGCAGUCUCAGCUCUUCAACCCGGCCCUCUUGCCGCACUUCCCCAUGACCACCGAGACCCUCCUCCAGCUGCAGCAGCAGCAGCAUCUUCUCUUCCCCUUCUACAUCCCCAGCGCCGAGUUCCAGCUCAGCCCAGAUGUUAGCCUGCCCGUGACCAGCGGGGCGCUGACGCUCUCUGGCACCGGGCCCAGCUUGCUGGAAGACUUAAAGGCUCAAGUCCAGCUCCCGCCGCAGAGCCACGGCCAGCUGUUACAGCAGCAGCCCGGGCAGCUCACUCUGUCGCAGGGACAUCCUGGCCAUGUGCAGCAGAGCCAGCCCCCAGAGAAGAAACACAAGUCCGUUGUGAGGGAGAAGGAAAAGGAGGCCCAAAGGGAAAACGCAGAAAGGGGCGACAGCAGUUCCUUGUCCAAGGAGUCUCUGCCGGACAACUUAAAGCCCAAAGAGAAGAAAGACUUUGCUUCGGGCACUGGUUCAGAGCCCUCCCUGCUCCCGCCACGGAUCGCAUCGGAUGCAAGGGGCAAUGCCACAAAAGCCUUGCUGGAAAACUUUGGCUUUGAGCUGGUUAUUCAGUACAAUGAGAACAAGCAGAAGGUGCAAAAGAAAACUGGGAAGGCAGAACAGGGCGAGAACUUGGAAAAGCUUGAAUGUGACGCGUGUGGCAAGCUUUUCUCGAACAUCCUCAUCCUGAAGAGUCACCAAGAGCAUGUUCAUCAACACUACUUUCCCUUCAAGCAGCUGGAGAGGUUUGCCAAACAGUACAGGGAGCACUAUGAGAAACUGUAUCCCUUGAGACCUCAGACUCCAGAGCCACCACCGCCUCCACCUCCCCCCCCUCCUCCCCUCCCUGCAGCACCUCCGCAGCCUGCUUCCACACCCGCCAUUCCCACUUCUGCACCCUCUAUUACUGCUCCUACCAUCGCACCAGCCCAGCCAUCCGUGCCACUCGCCCAGCUCUCUAUGCCCAUGGAGCUGCCCAUCUUCUCACCCCUUAUGAUGCAAACUAUGCCACUGCAAACAUUACCUGCCCAGUUACCGCCUCAGCUGGGGCCUGUAGACCCUCUGCCGGCAGACCUGGCUCAGCUGUACCAACAUCAGCUCAACCCCAGCCUUCUCCAGCAGCAGCAGAACAAGAGGCCACGUACUCGAAUCACAGAUGACCAGCUCAGAGUUCUUCGGCAGUAUUUUGAUAUUAACAACUCUCCCAGUGAGGAACAGAUCAAAGAGAUGGCAGACAAGUCUGGGCUGCCACAGAAAGUGAUCAAACACUGGUUUAGAAACACUCUGUUCAAAGAACGCCAGCGCAACAAGGAUUCCCCAUACAACUUUAGCAACCCUCCAAUUACCAGCCUGGAAGAACUGAAGAUAGAUUCACGGCCUCCCUCUCCAGAGCCUCAGAAGCACGAAUACUGGGGAAGCAAGAGGUCCUCGAGGACGCGGUUCACUGAUUACCAGCUCAGAGUCCUGCAGGACUUUUUUGAUGCGAAUGCUUAUCCAAAGGAUGAUGAAUUUGAACAACUUUCGAAUUUGCUGAACCUCCCUACUCGUGUUAUUGUGGUGUGGUUCCAGAACGCCCGCCAGAAAGCAAGGAAGAACUAUGAGAACCAAGGGGAAGGCAAAGACGGGGAGCGGCGGGAGCUCACAAAUGACAGGUACAUCCGAACGAGCAACUUGAAUUACCAGUGCAAGAAAUGUAGUCUAGUCUUUCAGCGCAUUUUUGAUCUUAUUAAACACCAGAAAAAGCUUUGCUACAAGGACGAGGACGAGGAUGGACAGGACGAUAGCCAGAACGAAGACUCUAUGGAUGCGAUGGAGCUGUUGACACCAACCAGUUCCUCCUGCAGCACACCAAUGCCCUCUCAAGCUUACAGCACCCCUACAUCUGCAGCUAAUGCAACCUCUUCAGCCUUCUUGCAGCUCAGUGCUGAGGCAGAGGACUCCUCCAUGUAUAGUUCUAAAGCAGAAGCUACUGAUGAGAAACCAAAGCAAUCUGAACCUCCAAGUACACAGCCAAACCAAACUCAAGACAAGCAAGUGCAACCAAAGCAAGAGACUCAGCAGCAGCAUCAAGACCAAGGAGAACAGAAGACAAGUUCAACACACCAAAAGAUCUCACCGUUGUCGUCCCCACCCUUGUUACAACAACAGCCUCCGGCACAGGCACCCCAGUGUCCUUUGCCACAAUCAAGCCCAAGUCCAUCUCAACUCUCACAUCUUUCCCUCAAGCCCCUUCACACAUCCACCCCGCAACAACUGGCAAACCUACCUCCUCAAUUAAUCCCGUACCAGUGUGACCAGUGCAAACUGGCGUUUCCCUCCUUUGAGCAUUGGCAGGAGCACCAGCAGCUCCAUUUUCUGAGUGCACAAAACCAGUUCAUCCAUCCGCAGUUUCUGGACAGGACAUUAGAUAUGCCUUUCAUGCUUUUCGACCCCAGUAAUCCACUACUUGCUAGCCAGCUGCUAUCUGGGACUCUACCUCAGAUUCCAGCAAGCUCAGCCACUUCACCCCCAACCCCCACGUCCACCAUGAACACGCUGAAGAGAAAGCUGGAGGAAAAGGCCAGUGCAAGCCCUGGGGAAAACGACAGUGGGACUGGUGGAGAAGAGCCUCAGAGAGACAAGCGUCUGAGGACAACGAUUACCCCGGAGCAGCUGGAAAUACUGUACCAGAAGUACCUGCUCGACUCUAACCCAACCCGGAAGAUGUUGGACCACAUUGCGCAUGAGGUGGGCUUGAAGAAGCGUGUUGUGCAGGUUUGGUUUCAGAACACUCGAGCGCGGGAAAGAAAGGGGCAGUUUAGAGCUGUGGGGCCGGCCCAAGCCCAUAGGCGGUGUCCUUUCUGCAGAGCUCUCUUUAAAGCAAAGACAGCCCUGGAAGCUCAUAUUCGAUCCCGGCACUGGCACGAGGCUAAGAGAGCUGGGUACAACUUGACUUUGUCUGCUAUGCUCUUGGACUGUGAUGGAGGACUCCAAAUGAAAGGGGACAUCUUUGAUGGAGCAAACUUUUCCCACUUGCCACCAACCAGUAGUGAUGGUCAGGGGGUUCCUCUCUCACCAGCAAGCAAAACCAUGGAGCUCUCCCCUCGAACUCUACUUAGUCCGUCCUCCAUUAAAGUGGAAGGAAUAGAAGACUUUGAAAGCCCCUCCAUAUCCUCGGUGAAUCUGAGUUUUGACCAAACAAAGUUGGACAAUGACGACUGUUCUUCUGUCAACACUGCAAUCACAGACACUACAACGGGAGAUGAAGGCAAUGCGGACAACGAUAGUACCACGGGGAUUGCAACUGACCACAAGUCGACCUUGGGACCUAGUGAGGGCCUGACAAAGGCUGCCAUGAUUGCAAUGUCUGAGUAUGAAGAUCGGUUGUCUUCUGGCCUUGUCAGCCCUGCCCCCAGCUUUUACAGUAAAGAGUAUGACAACGAGGGAACUGUGGACUAUAGCGAGACCUCCAGCCUUGCAGACCCCUGCUCGCCCAGCCCUGGGGCCAGUGGCUCAGCAGGCAAGUCUGGAGACAGUGGGGAGCGGCCAGGGCAGAAACGUUUUCGCACUCAGAUGACUAAUCUCCAGCUAAAAGUCCUAAAGUCCUGCUUUAACGACUACAGGACGCCCACCAUGCUGGAGUGUGAGGUCCUGGGUAAUGACAUUGGACUGCCAAAGAGAGUUGUUCAGGUCUGGUUCCAGAAUGCUAGGGCAAAGGAGAAGAAGUCCAAGCUAAGCAUGGCCAAGCAUUUUGGUAUAAACCAAACAAGUUAUGAGGGACCCAAAACAGAGUGCACUUUGUGUGGCAUCAAGUACAGCGCUCGGCUGUCUGUACGUGACCAUAUCUUCUCUCAACAGCAUAUCUCCAAAGUUAAAGACACCAUUGGGAGCCAGCUGGACAAGGAGAAGGAGUACUUUGACCCAGCAACUGUACGUCAGUUGAUGGCUCAGCAGGAGUUGGACCGGAUCAAAAAAGCCAAUGAGGUUCUUGGUCUGGCAGCUCAGCAGCAGGGCAUGUUUGAGAAUUCCCCUCUACAAGCUCUUAACCUUCCCACUGCGUAUCCAGCACUACAGGGCAUCCCUCCAGCCCUGCUCCCAGGCCUCAACAGCCCAUCCUUGCCAGGCUUCACUCCAUCCAACACAGCUUUAACUUCUCCAAAGCCCAACCUGAUGGGUCUGCCCAGCACAAGCGUCCCCUCGCCUGGCCUCCCCACCUCCGGAUUACCAAAUAAGCAGUCCUCCGCCUCGCUCAGCUCCCCGAGCCCAGCACAAGCCACGGUGGCCCUGGCCCCCCACCAGCCGCGCAAGGAGAAGGACGGUGAGAAGAUGAAAGAGAAGGAGAAGGCGCCCAAAGGGAAGGGGGAUUCCCUGCCGGGGCCCAAGAAGGAGAAGGGAGAGGCCCCCACGGCGACGCUCUCAGCCCCCCUGCCCACCAUGGAGUACGCGGUGGAGCCGGCCCAGCUCCAGGCGCUGCAGGCUGCCUUGAAUUCAGACCCAGCAGCCUUGCUCACAAGCCAGUUCCUCCCCUACUUUGUCCCCGGCUUCUCCCCCUACUACGCCCCUCAGAUCCCCGGGGCCUUGCAGAGCGGGUACCUGCAGCCCAUGUACGGCAUGGAAGGCCUGUUCCCCUACAGCCCGGCCCUGUCCCAGGCUCUGCUAGGCCUGGCCCCUAGCUCCUUGCUGCAGCAGUACCAGCAAUAUCAGCAGAGUCUGCAGGAGGCGCUGCAGCAGCAGCAGCAGCAGAAGGUGCAGCAGCAACAGCCCAAAGGAAGCCAAACUCCAGUCCCCCCGGGGGCUGCUACCCCAGACAAAGACCCUGCCAAAGAACCCCCCCAGCAAGAAGAGCAGAAAAAUGCCCCCCGUGAGGUGUCCCCCCUCCUGCCCAAACCCCAAGAAGAGCCCGAAGCAGAAAGCAAAGGUGCAGACUCCCUGGGCAGGGCGCAGUACAAGCGGGUCUGCCGCAAGUGCCAAGCCGGCUUCAGCGACCAGGAGGCGGCCAGCAACCACCUGAAGUCCCUCUGCUUCUUCGGCCAGUCUGUGGUGAACCUGCAAGAGAUGGUGCUUCAUGUGCCCACUGGCAGCAGCGGCAAGGGCAGCAGCUCGUACCAGUGCGUGGCGUGCGAGAGCACAGAGUGUGGGGACGAAGCCCUGAGUCAGCAUCUCGAGUCAGCCCCUCACAAACACCGAACAAUCACAAGAGCAGCAAGAAACGCCAAAGAGCACCCCAGUCUAUUACCUCACUCUGCCUGCCUCCCCGACCCUAGCACCGCAUCUACCUCGCAGUCUGCCGCUCACUCAAACGACAGCCCCCCCGCCUCGGCUUCCCCCCACGCCUCCACAAAGUCCUGGCCUCAAGGGGUCUCCCGGGCUCCUCUUGGGAAGCCGCCUCCUCCUCCUUUCCCUCCUCUCUCCUCAUCGUCAACGGUUACCUCAAGUUCAUGCAGCACCUCAGGGGUUCAGCCCUCGAUGCCAACAGACGACUAUUCGGAGGAGUCUGACACGGAUCUUAGCCAAAAGUCAGAUGGACCGGCUAGCCCGGGGGAGGGGCCUAAGGACCCCAGCUGCCCGAAGGACAGUGGUCUAACUAGUGUAGGAAUGGACACCUUCAGAUUGUAAGCUUUGAAGAUGAACAAUACAAAAAUGAAUUUAAAUAAAAAUGAAUAACAAACCAAUUUCAAAAACAGACUAACUGCAAUUCCAAAGCUUCGAACCAAAAAAAAGAAAAAGAAAAAGAAAAAAGAAGACGUGUGGGUUGUUUUCCCAUAUAACGGUGCCGGUGGCUUUGACAUUUUUUUCUUUUAAUUAAAAAAAAUUCUCUUACAUUUGUCCUUUUGAAGGUCCUGUUGGUCUGGGAGACAAAAGCGCACCCGGCCUCCUUAGUGUCUUUGGAGCGCAACCAACCCUUGUAUAUUGCCCCUGCCCAAUAACGCCCUCACUGAUAGCACAGCGGAGCCCGGCAUGCACUGUAUGGGAAAGCAGCCCACCGGGCUACAGUUUUAAAUUUCUUGCUAUCUUAGCAUUCAGAUACCAAUGGCUUGCUAAAAGAAAAAAGAAAUGUAAUGUCUUUUUAUUCUCAGGUCAAUCGCUCACACUUUGUUCUGUUUUCAGAAUCAAAGUUUAUAUAUAUAUAUAUAUGUGUGUGUGUGUGUGUGUGUGUGUGCGCGUGUGUGUGUAUAUAUAUAUAUAUAUAUAUAAUUUUUUGUUUGUUUUGGGGGUUUUUUGUUUUGUUUUUUGUUCCAGAAAAGAAUUUUAUUUUGUUGGAUUUGGCAGAGCGGGGGAGGGGGGUUGUUUUGGGCUUUUGGGGAGGUGUUUUUUUGUUUUGUUUUUUUAAUUUAAAAUGGGCAGAAAGUAUUCAAGAGAAAAACAAUGUGAACUGCUUUAGCUUUCUGGGGAUUUUAAGGGUAGCUUUUCUGCUGAAGCCAAUUUCAAGGGGAAAAAUUAAGCACUCCCACUUUUCAGAAAAAAACCACAAAGAGUGUUGAGGACUUGGAGCUUAAAAACAAGUUUUAAAACAACUGACUUUCUGUAUUUAUGAUAGAUAUGACCAUUUUUGGUGUUGAGUAGAUUGUUGCAUUGGAAAUGAACUGAAGCAGUAUGGUAGAUUUAAAAGAAAAAAAUCCCUUUUGUGUACAUUUAGCUUUUGUAUGGUCCAGCUGACGGCUUCUCAUUUGAUGUUGUCUUGUUCAUUCCUAGCCAGAUAGAUUGCAAUCCAUUGACUCGCCUAAGCUUUUCUCCCCUUUGUACCUUUAUUCCCCUUUCACCCAUCCUGUGAUCUGCCACUUAUGGUCGCUGCCUUCAUUUCUUCGAGGGUGGUUGCAUAAUUAUUUUAUAAAAACUAAAGAGAGACAUUCAAAGGGUUUGGGGGGUCAGUUGGAUCCCUUGCAGAAUAUUUUUUGUUGGGAGUUGGAAGCUUUUUAAGACGUAUACAUACGAUUUACCUAUGUCUGUUAUCCUUGUGCACUUAUUUCUCAUUUUUUCAUUUUCCUUUUGCUCUUCCUUUCUUCGUUUUGUAAAUGCUUCAAAGAUUCUGUUCCUAAACUAUAAGCAUUUGUUCCUCUGUGUGUAAUUAGGCUGCACUCUGUUCCUUCUUUUAAAAUAACUUUUUGUUAAUUUUUUUUCUCCAAAAAAAAAAGUCAUGCUUUAAAUAAAAUCCAAAGACAUACCCUUUCACCAAUGGUGCAGAAUGAGCAAAAAGGUUUCUUUUUACUUGAGAAUUUGUUUCUGAUUUAAACAAACAAAACUAAUUUUAAAUAAAGAAAAGAAUUAAAAAGUACCCAGCUUGUUAUCUGUGCUUCUUCUGCAAGCAGAGAGGCAACUCUUAAUGAAAAUUCAACAUACCAAACCACAAGUUUUUACUUCAAAGUUUUGUCCUCGUCUUAGGCAGUCUGAGUGGUGAGCGGGCCAGAGGUGCAGCCCGCAAUGAAUCAGAUAGCAAUGUACAGAAAGCAAAAAAAAACAAAACAAAAAACCCAUAUGUGAGGCACUUGUGUUUGUGUUACUCUCUGUAUUCCUGUUUGUGGGACACACACACCCACCCACCCCUUAUAUGGUCUGGACUUUGAAAGGAAAACUUUGUGCUGCUAAAAUGUAGAUCUUGGAGACAGAUGUUUGCUGUUUCACUUCCCUAGCCAAAUGUCAACAGAAACAAUCUCCCUUCCCCCAAAAGUGUGAAAUCUUUCUCCCCUUCAUCCUCCUCCUAUUUCAAAAGGGAACUUCGAAGACUGUGAAUGCAGGUUCCAUUGUUCACCUAAUGGCUUCUUUGCCCAGUGUUGAAGCCACUCAUCAACUUUUCAAGAGACUGGAGCAUUCCGAAAUAUGAAAACCAGUUUUCAUUUUUUUAGCCGGGACUCUUAUUUUUAUGAAUUUUUGUUUUUAGUUGAAUGAGACUAGAUCUUGAACUGUUGUACAUAUUUCUAACUAGGCUGAUGCACAGUGCAAAUUCCUUUUUAAAUUGUUUUUUAAGUAGACAAUACUAAAGAGAGUACCGUCUGAUAUUCAUACCAGUAUCCAGUUGUAGCAUAAGGUGUCAAAAACAAGUACACAACGCGUUUGCUGUUUUAACAAACUGUUUUCUUUUAACAAAAGUUCUUGUAUUUCUCCCUGUGUUUGAGAUGAACAUUUUUUAAAUUCUAAAGUUGUACAGUUUUUUGUUUUUCAUUAUUUUAUCUUGUUUGUAAUUCUAUGAAAUAUAUAUAUAUUUUUUGCCAUUUAACUGUUGUAUGUUACUCUGUCUGUAUCAUAUAGAAAUAUUUUGUUUUGUUUUUGGUUCUCUCUGUGAUACAAGUUAACAAUUGAACACUACCUUUCUCUGUCAAAUUCUGCUCGAUAUCUUUGGAAAACUUUUCUUUUGGUUUUGUUCUGUUUGGUCAUAGUGCAAUUUCUCUCUUUCUUCCCCUUUUCCUUCACACCCACUAAAAGGCAUUUUCAGCGCCUUUCCUUGUAUUUUUUCUAAAUAUGUCUAGAUACUCGUUCAGCCUGAGAUUGCCUCAUCCUUUUGAAGUGCCCCGCAGCGUGGCCCAGGCGGUGCUGCUGUGCUCUCACACUAAGCGACAUUGACGCGCGUCAGAAGGGUUAGGCUGCCAAAGUCCGAGUCCUGCUGCAGAAUCUCCACAGAGGGGCGUGCCGUGGGCUCGUCCGUUGUAGAAUGGCUUCCAUUGCAGGUGAAACGGACGGUUCCAGCCAGUCGCAGAGGAUCAUUUUCCCUUCAGACCCGGCUCUGCCCCCACCGCCAUGUCUCUUCACACUGUGGUCCGGGGAGCAGGUGCUGCUCAGGGGAAGCCCAGCUCUAGGCUGCCAGGCGCAGUGUUGGUCAGAGUUGAGAGGCCUCUGGGCUGUGCUGGGGGACGGGCAGGUGCCUGGCUGCUCACCCCAAGCCGCGCUGUCAGAUCAUGCCAGUAAUUCAAUAUUAAUCUAUGCUGCUGCCCUUCAGUCCGGCCUUCCCUGGAGAGUUUGCACCUCUCGGCUCCUUGAGAGGCUCUGGGAAGGGGUCACUGUCAAAGCCGCCUUCAAAAAUUCCCAAUCGUAUAAAUGUGUCUGUUUCCAACCGAAACUCCCACGCCGUGGCCUGGUGCUGGACACGCAGCCAAAGGGGAGUUAGGAGACCCGAGUAGCUGGCACUACUCAGCAUAGAAGAGACCCCUCGAGCUGGGGUCAAACCCCAGGCCGAGAUUUUAAACACAGAGCAGAGCCGGUAACUUUAUUUUUAAAUGAAAAGCUUUUAAAGAGGCGAAGAUGACCAAAUGUCACACAGGAGACUAAAAUACACAACAAGGUGUGUUCAGAGGGGCUACCUGCGCCCAUACAGCAGCCAUGGCAGGAAGGUGCAGACAACAGAGAGGCAUUAAUGCAAGCCAGCACACUUGAUGUUUGUGAAAAUAUAUUUUGCUUUUAAAAAAAAUAAAUUAACUAAAUUAAAACAUUUUAAAUAGAAGCAGAGAUUUGGUUGGUUUGUUGGCUGAGAUACUGCCCACUGUGAAACACAAAGCUUUGACUUUUUUGUUUGUUUGUUUGUUUAUUUGGGGGAGGGCAAGUUUUGGUAGAACAGAAAGCGUAAAUGAGGUGAAGAGGUAUAUGAACAGCCUUUGCAAUGUACAAAAAAUAGAGCAAGUGAAACCAAAAAUGAUGUUCUUGGUGUUUUUCUAUAAUGUAGUCUUGUUAGCUUUUUUGUUACUGUAACAAUGCUGAUCUCGAACUGUACCAAAAUACAUGGAGACUAACAAACAGAAACCACAUGGAACUUUCAAAACUUUAAAAAAAUGUCACAAAACUUUGUUGUCAUAGUUAAGCUGAUUGUAGAUGGUAAUUGAAUAUACUCCUUUGACAAUAUUU